AUGUCAAGCUCUAAUGGCGAAGCUAUAAUUCCUCCCAGUAACAAUGUCGCACGUGGACUUGCUAAUUACCCAGCUGCUCGAAAAGCUGGUUCAUUCCUUUUCGUGUCGGGAUGCUCUUCACGACAACCCGAUGGGACGGGUGAUGAUCUCAUGUUUGAACACGAUGCUGAAGUCAAACCAGACGGAACUGUUGAGUUUGAUAUUCAAAAGCAGACUAGAGGUGUCAUUGAGAAGAUCAAAGAAGUCUUAAAGACUGCUGGUGCUAGUCUAGAGAAUCUAGUGGAGCUCAAUGUGUUUCUGACCAAUAUGGCUGACUACAACGGAUUCAAUGAAGUCUACAAUGAGUAUUUCACAGAGCAAGGGGGUCCUGCUAGAACAACUGUUGCUGUGAAGGAGCUGCCUCAUCCGUAUAUUAUAAUUGAAAUCAAGGGUAUUGCUUUGGCUCCAUAG